CCCAUACAAGUCAAUUUUGCCUUUGCUCGAUUUUGGUCGACUUCGCUUGUCUUGCUUGCUUGGCGGUUGCUGCACUUUGCUGACCUGCCUGUGGUGGUGUGUUUGUAUCUUGUCGUCCAUCCAAUCCAUCCAAUCCAAUCCAAUCCAAGCAAACCUUCAACCAUGUCGAUUAUGGAGUACAACGGCAGUGCCGUUGUGGCAAUGACUGGCAAGGAAUGCGUGGCCAUCGCUGCGGAUCGCCGGCUCGGCGCCCAGGCACAGACCGUGUCCACAGACUUUCAAAAGGUGUUCCAGAUGGGACCCAAGCUGUUCGUGGGUCUUCCCGGCCUCGGCACGGACGCCAUCACUGUGUCCCAGCGCCUCAAGUUCCGGUUGAACAUGUACACGCUUCGCGAAGAGCGGGACAUUGAGCCAAAGACCAUGAUCAACCUCGUCUCCUCCUUCCUCUACGAGCGCAGGUUUGGCCCGUACUUUGUUGAGCCCGUUGUGGCGGGCCUCGAUUCCAAGAACCAGCCGUACGUCGCAAGCACAGACCUCAUUGGCUGCCCGAUGGAGACGUCCGAUUUCGUUGUUGGCGGCACAAGCUCAGAGCAGUUGUACGGCAUGUGCGAAUCCCUCUACAAGCCAGACAUGGCGCCGGAUGACCUGUUUGAGACCAUCUCGCAGGCGCUGAUGAACGCCGUGGACCGCGACUGCCUUGCCGGCUGGGGCGCCAUUGUCCACAUCAUUGAGAAGGACAAGAUCACAACCAGAGAACUGAAGGCGCGCAUGGACUGAGCAGCCACCCGCUGUACCCGCGCUGCGUGUGUGUACCUGUGCUGUUUGUGCUUGUGGCGUUUGUGCUCGUGGUUCGCUGGUGGUGGUGAUGAUGAAGUUACUUCUGGUGAUUGUGCAGAAUGUUGCCGCUGUUUUGGUGCGUGCGUGUGUUUGUUGUGGAUGGCGUGAUCAAUGGUGAUGGUGCGGCGGUGGUUCCUGCUGUAAACGCACGAACGAGAACAAGAUCGGCAGUGAAGACCAAUGCAAUGCACCUUGCUUGCUUGCUUGCAUGCUGCGCUUGGCUCUGUUUGCAUGAGCGGGAAGUUUUACUGUGGUGAAUGAGAGC